GUCAUUCUCUCUCCUGCGAGGCUAUAAAGAUACUCCGUACACGAAGUGAAAGAGCCACCGAGGGUUCUUUCUUCCCUUCAAAUUCCUGUCUUUCUCUCUCCUAAUUUUGCGUACACAGCCCCCGCAAGCGUCAAAUUUACCCAGAAAUGGCUUCCACGAGCACACACAGAGCGUCUUCCUCUUCUACUCCACCUAGUACAACAUGGAAAUACGAGGUAUUCUUGAGCUUUAGAGGUGAAGACACCCGCAAGAACUUUGUAGACCAUCUCUAUUAUGCUUUGUCUCUCAAAUCAAUCUACACCUUCAAAGAUGACGAACAACUCAGCGGAGGGGAAGAAAUUUCACCAGCACUACGGAAAGCAAUCGAGGAAUCGAGGAUCUCUGUCAUCGUCUUCUCCAAAAACUAUGCUUCCUCCAGGUGGUGUUUGGAUGAACUGGCGAUAAUCCUUGAAUGCAAGAACAAGAUGGGACAAACAGUUUUCCCAAUCUUCUACGAUGUGGAGCCCACCCAUGUGAGGAAACAAACAGGGUGCUUUGAAAAAGCCUUUGAGAAACAUGAGAAAGAUUUCAGUGAUGACAUGGAGAAGGUGCGGAGGUGGAAGACAGCUCUUGAAGAAGCAGCCAAUAUUAGUGGAGUUAGUGUUCAGGAUACAGCAAAUGGGUAAUUCCAGAAAUUUAGUCUACUUUUAUUUUGUACUUAGCCUUUUGCUUUUUUACUGAAUCUCUAUGAUAACCAUACAAUCUUACCAAAAUAUUUUUAAAUUUUUAGAAAUACAGGGAAAAAAAAAAAAAAAAAAACUCAUUAUUUAAUUCAAAUUUAUGGCCACUGUAACAUCCCCUUCAACGCUGAUUUUGAGUCAUAUAUAUACUUCAAUCAUACCGAAAAUUCAAUCCAAGCUCACCAAAAUGCAAUUCAAAUCUUUGAAUUCGGGGAGCUAGAAAUUUGAGUUAGG